UAGUCUCGCCACGGUCAUACUAAAGGGAAGAAGUAAUAACAUUGCGAGAAAAGAAGACGUGAAAAAUUAAAGAAAAGUGUGAAAAAGUGCGAAAUUAGUUUAUACAACUAAAUUGGAAUUUAAAUCGAAGCAAACGGACGGAGUACUGCGAUUGAAUUGAUAGAAAAAACUACUGAAUAUCGUGUCCUGCACGCACACACUCGCACAGCCCUGCACACACACGCACACAGUUGGGCCUGUCGUCAUCUCUCUCGCUCUCUCGCUUCUUUUUUUUCUGUCGCAGCUGCAACGCAAAUUCCAAAAAGGAUAAUCCCCACCGAUCUCGCGAAUCCUUUCGCUGUUUCGAGAGCGGAAAUUCAGCCGCAAAGAUGAUGACCGAGGAAAACUCGAAGAUCUAGGUGGAUCAAGUGGUUUUUGGGUCCAGUUUCGGGACCUCGACACGAAUAGCAUGUUCAGUCCUAUCAAAAAGAUAUUCACGUACAUACAAAAAAAUGCGAGCGGCUCGAAUAUGUUUAGCCCAUCAGGAAACACGACAGCCGGCGAAAGUGCCCACGACGAAGGCGACAGAAAGGAUCAGGAACUGGAGGAUCAGGAUCAGGGGGAUCAGGAGCAGCUGCAGAUACUGCCUCAAUUAAACGACGACGACGACGAGGACGACAUCGAGAGGCAGAUCAAGACCUCCAUAAUCGAUGCCACCAAGGUGCAUGCGGCCAAGGCCAAGGCGUUGGCUUCCUGCUCCUCAUCCUCGCUACCCCUUCCCCUGGAGCAGCUGGACGAUGAACUGGCGGACUUUGCCCACGGACCGGCGGACACCGAACUGGAGGAGCAAUUCCUCGAGCUGGACAACUAUCCGAACAACGAGAUCAUCGUGCUCAGCGAUGCGGAUCUCAACUCUUCCAUUGCCUCUGAUGCGGUGUCCGAGGAUCCGCUGGCCAUAGACAACCUACUGGACUCCUCGUCGGUCACCACAAACGAGGAGGUGGACACCAGUGGCGAGUUGCUGUGGCUAAAGUUGAAUAACGAAACGGAAAUGCCCACUGGCUCAGGGGAAGUAACGUCCAGCAAUCAGGAAUCCCUAGAGCCCGCAAAGCCGGCGAAAACGAAGGAUGAAGAGCUGCGAGACGGAGGUUCGGAUUCCGGUUUGGGCAGCGAAACCUCCGCAUUGCUUAAAGAUCAGGCGGAGAAGCCAGAAACCGAGCCAGAAGUGCAGCAGGAAAAGCAGGAAACCAAACCCAUUCGAUCCAAUCUCAAGCGAAGGCUGGAGGAUGCCAUCGAUCUGGUGCCCGACAUGUCUGCUCCCCCGGUGGCGGCCCAAAAGCGAACCAAGCGCUCCAUUAACUUUGACGAGGUGAAGGUCUACUACUUUCCACGGCAACAGGGCUUCAGUUGCGUGCCCACUGCAGGUGGAUGCACUUUGGGCAUGGGUGCCAGGCACAUAGCCUUCAAAACGAUGACCCUGGCAGAGCAUGCGGCGGAAUUGAGGCGGGCACAUCGCAGCCAGAACCAGGAACUCCAGCCACGCGGCUCCAGCAGCGAUGAUAGCGAGGAAUCCGAGGAGGAUUACCUAAGCGAGGGCAGUGGUUCGGAUGCCGAGGACGGCUCCAAUGGCUUCCUGCAGCCGGUGACGCCCAAGCAGAGAAGAGCCCUGCUAAAGGCAGCGGGAGUGAGAAAAAUCGAUGCCAGCGAGAAGAGCGAAUGCCGGGAUAUCAGAAAUUCGCGGGAAGUAUGCGGCUGUUCCUGCAGGGAGUUCUGCGAUCCGGAAACCUGUGCCUGCAGUCAGGCUGGGAUAAAAUGUCAAGUGGAUCGAGCCAUGUUCCCUUGCGGCUGUACACGCGAAGCCUGCGGCAACACCGUCGGUCGGGUGGAGUUUAAUCCCACAAGGGUGCGUACGCAUUACAUACACACGGUGAUGCGGUUGGAUUUGGAGCAGCGACAAGGCUCCGUUCAGCCGCAACAGCAGCAGCAGCAAUCCCAGCAGACUAUCAGCUAUUCGCCGGUGGGAACAACUGCUCCGACAUCCGCGUACUUCCUGCAAACGCAAUCGAACUACAGUUCCGGCUAUGCCUCGCCAGCCUACACGCCCGAGAGCAGUGUGAGCUACUACCAGCAGCAGCAGCAGGGAGUAGUAGUGCCCACUCCUGGCCAGGUGAUCCCCCAGCAGCAGCAGCAGGCGCAGACGCAGAGCUACGCGGCCUACGCACAGUUGGACAGCCUGGAUUCGGGCCUAUUUGCCAGUGGCAGCAAUGCCACGCCCUCCUACGGAGAGCUAUAUCAGUCGCUUAGCUACGGCAGCACUCAGAUCACUUCCUAUCCGGCUACCUAUCAGCAGCAUUCGCCGUCACCUGCUGGAGCACCGAGCUCCUGCGCCUAUAGCUCCUGUGCGGUGCCUUCGGUUCCGCCGUAUGGCAAUGCCACCACCACCGCCUCCAGCAAUGCUCCUUACCAGACCACCGCCGUCUCCACCUCCUCCACCUCGCCGUCACGGAUUGUUGUUGUUGGAAAUCCAAAUGCCGCAGCAUCCGCGGCAACAGCAUCUUCCCCGGCCAACGGCAAUGAAUUCAUCAGCUUGAGCACACCGAUCGCCAGUUCCUCACGCCUCUCGCAGAUCAACGAUCUGCUGCAGCACAACCGCAACACCACCGCCGCCUUGGUGGCCGUCUCCGAGGGUUUGAGCGGUGUUCGCGGCUCUUCCAGUGCAACCGCCACCGCCAGCACCACCACCAUCGACUCGAUCGACACACCGCCCAUUGUGGAGGAGGGCCAGCAGGGCCGGGGAUGCAUGAGCUUCGAGGCGUUGCCCCCGCCGCUUGUGAAUCCAGCGCCCAUUGUCGCCGUGGUGGAGAGCAAGCUGCCACCGAUGACCACGCCAUCUGCCCCUCAGCCACGCCAGCCGCUGGAACAGCAUCACCAGGCCUUGAGCGAGUCCACCUAGAGCAGGGAAUGCGCCACCAAAUCCAAUUUGGACUGGGUCGAUUUGUGGGGUUUUAGUAGAUUUUAAAAGCAAUUCUCAGUGAACUUUGAAUUGGAUGCUAUAGUUUUAGAAAUUCGUUUUUAAUAUAUAAGUUUUAAAGGGAACCAAAAGUUCUUUGUUAAAAAAGAACUCAGUUUUAUUAGUAGACCAGAAAAUCUGUGGAAAUUCCAAAG